GGUACCACACACACACACCGAAACACGCCGAGUUGUUGCGCGCGUUCAAGGUUUCUGGAGAAGCUCGGUUGCAGCGAAUGUAACCUCACUACCAGGGACCGACCUUCUGGGUAGAGCUGGGUUGCCUCACAAGUUACUACUGGGACCGUGUUUUGCUCAGCUCUACCUACCUAGACAAAUGUUAUUCACAAUAAUAUCAAUAAUAUCCCUGUCACCGAGGGAAAAGGGAGGGUAGAAUGAGCCUUGUCCUGGAAAACCUGGAAGUUGCGGCAAACAAUCCCAAGUCAUGUACGUCAACAACCUCCUCGAAGCCGUGCGGGCCAACCGGCUUUGCAAGUCGUUCGCCAUCAAGAUCUCAACCAACGGCCAGGUAGUGCAGAUUGCACGCAACGCCGGCUUCGACUGCCUGUUCAUCGACCUUGAGCACGGUUGGCUCAGCCUGGCCGAGGCGGCUAACCUGUGCCAUGUCGGCCUCCUCGCCGGCAUCACCCCGUUCGUCCGCGUGCCGCACCAGUGUGGGAUCGGCUUUAUGCAGCGCGUUCUCGACGGCGGCGCCAUGGGUGUCAUUUUCCCCCACGUAGAGUCGGCAGAAGACGCAAAAGAGGCAGUCGAUAACUGCAAAUACCCGCCUCUCGGGCGCCGGUCCAUCACCGGGCAGACACCCCUCUGCGGCAUGCAGCCUCUCCCCCCGGCCGAGCUGAUUGAGCAGACAAACCGCAGCGGUUCGACCGUGCUUGUCAUGGUUGAGAGUGCCAAGGCCGUCGACAGUGCCGACGAGAUUGCGGCCGUCGAGGGGGUUGAUGCCAUCAUCAUGGGCUCCCAGGAUCUGUGCGUCGAUCUGGGCGUGCCCGGUCAGGUCGACAGCCCCAAGGUGCGCUCGGCUUUGGAGACUGUCAGCCGGGCCUGCCGUGACCAUGGCAAGACCUUUGGGGUUGCCGGUAUUUACAACAACCCGACCUUGCAGGACUGGGCCAUCAACACCCUGGGAGCCCGGUUCUUGCUUGUGCAGUUGGAUGUUUCCCUCCUGACACUGGGUGGCGCUCAGGCAGUAGCUGCGGUUCCGGGCGUGAAACAGUAAAAUAGCCAUCGGCGGAGGAGAGGCUCAAGAAAAAAAGGGCAGGAUAAGAUAUCUUAUGUGCAUAUGACAAUAGAUCCAUGCUCUAC